UGAAUAUCCUAUGCGCACAUUCACAUACCUGAGCUCUCACACAACGCUGUAUCUCCUGCACACCUGGACUUGAUCUAUACAGUCACAAAGGUCCUUUAGGAGGAGUCAACACAUUGAUCUGAAGAAACACUGCCUGUGAGGUGUCUUACUUGUACAGUGUGAUUUUAUCCCAUAUGGCGUAAAAGGCCUCAUGUGGACAAAACAUGGAAAUGGAUGAGAGUGGGGAUCUCCUGGACCUCAGUUUCCUUACAGGGGAGGAGCAACAAGCAAUAGCUGAGGUGUUACAACGAGACAAUGAACUAAAGGAGAAGGACGAGCAGCGCAUACGGAGGCUUCGAUCAACUCUCACAGAUAAUUGUGCACUAAAACGUCUUUCUGGGGAAUGGUUCUGUGAUGUACGUGCAUCGCGUCCCUGGGGUCAGCGAGGAGGGGUAGACAUUGUUCGAGCAUCUAUCAGGAGGAAGAAGAAAACCAGAGGUGAAUGGGACCAAAAUUGGGGUCAUGAUUACACACAAGUGAAUGGGGGACAUGAAAGCGAAGAAACAGAUGAGGAUGAAAAUUGGGAACCUAUGGCCAGGCUGGAUGAUGAGUACCCAACGCAGGACCUCUCCAGUGAUAUACAGGAUGAUGAAAGCUCAAAGGAUGAUGAGGAAAACAAUGAGACUGAUUUUAUUGUGGGCCGCCAUCGUAUCCCAAGUGAGGGAGAACAAGAUAUGGAAGAGAUAAGUUUGUCACCAGUGACUGUCACAGUGGAGGAGGACACCACUAAGCAGGUUUUGAAUCCUGAGAGUUUACCAAAAGGGGAUGGACACAGAAGCCUCAACUACAGUCCCUCCGUACCAACCCUUGGCAACAAAUCUCUCUCUGGCAGUAUGAUGAGCCUGUUUAGUGCUGGGGAGGUACAUUCCUUAGAGGUUCGUGGCUGGAUUCAGUUCUCGAUCCAAUAUGAUCCACCUAAGAAGGAGCUGAGGAUCCUAAUUAUACAGUGCAGAGACCUUACAGCAGCACACAGCCAAACGUCUAACCCAUAUGUGAAGUGCUAUCUACUACCUGAUAAAUCCACACAAGGCAAGAGGAAAACAAAAGUGAAGAAGAAGACGCUGGAUCCUUUGUUUAAUGAAACCCUGAAGUACAAAAUGGAGCGCUCUGAGCUACAAGGUCGAUUCCUAAACUUGUCUGUAUGGCAUCGAAGCUCACUAGGGAGAAAACUUUUCUUGGGUGAAGUAGAAUUGGACCUUGCAUCCUGGGACUGGAGGCAAACUCAACCAUCCUGGCACAAUCUGCAGCCGCGAACCCCACUGUCACCAGACUUCCUCUAUAGCCGUGGAAGGCUCAAUAUAGCUACCAAGUUCAUCCCUCAAGGCUCUGAUGGCUUUGGCCUUCCACCCUCUGGGGAGCUCCACAUUUGGGUGAAGGAGGCUCAGCAGCUUGUACCUCAUAAGGCUGGAAACGUCAGCGCUUAUGUAAAAUGUUGCGUGCUUCCGGAUGAUAGCCCAUCCAGUAUUCAGCGUACAAGAGUAAUAACACAUAGCUUGCAGCCUUUGUUCAAUCACACCAUGGUGUAUGAUGGCUUCCGUGUAGAAGACCUGACUGAGGCAUGUGUAGAAUUCACAGUUUGGGAUCAGGGGACUUUAUCAAGCAAACCCCUGGGUGGAAUUCGUCUUAGCACUGGCCGUGGGAGCAGUUACACCCUCCCUGUGAGUUGGAUGGAUUCUACAGAGCAGGAAAAAUCAUUCUGGGAGUCUGUAAUAAACAGAUCAGGUGAAUGGAUAGAGGAUACGCUGCCAUUAAGACAGAACCUCACACCACGCUGAUCUGGAAGCAAGAAAGUGGCCUGAUGAAGAAUCUGGACUUGGACUGAGUGGAUGCUUAAUGCCAGCUUGUCACCAUACAACAAAUGCAUAUUAGCCACUCAGUACUCCAUAUUGAAUCCCUCAUGAGUGAAUGAGAACUUCAGUAAAUUAUCUAACCCCAUUUUGACUUUUUCUGAUAAACACAAUUUCGUGCAGACUUCUGACAAAUAGUGUAACUCCAGGAUGAUAUGUGUGAUAUGACAUAAUUCCCAAAAAUACUGCAAUUUGCAGUAAGGGAGAUUUUAGCAAGGAUUGAUCUCAAAUAUGUUCUAUUACUAAAAACACAAACUGCAACCCUUGGGAUGAAGAGUAAAAUGAUACAUACAGUACAAUAAAAAGUACUAAGUGUA